AUGGACAACGGCGGAGAGGGCGUUUUAGACAUAAUACACAAUGAAGGAGACCCUCCAUCCCACCUGAAUAUUAGUGAUGUCAUUGAAGCGAUUACGAAGGCGGAUCCGGUUUACGCAGGCGUAGACGCGAUGUCGCGGACGCCUGCGCCUGACCCGCUUGGAGCCUUGCGCUAUGUGAGGAUCGUUGAGCAGCCCGCCAGCAAAGCACUUAGGUUUCGAUAUGAAUGCGAAGGUCGGUCAGCGGGUUCAAUACCCGGCGUGAACAGCACGUCAGAUAGGAAGACAUACCCUACAAUAGAAAUAUGUGGACACAGGGGACCGGCCAUUGUCGUGGUGUCUUGCGUUACCAGAGAUGAACCAUUUAAACCUCACCCACACAAUCUGGUGGGUCGCGACCGCUGUGAUAAAGGCGUGUGCACGGUGCGAACGAAUAUAAGCGAUGACAAUCGUAUAUCGUUCAGCAAUCUUGGUAUACAGUGCGUGAAACGGAAAGAUGUUGCCGACGCCCUCGCUGUUAGAGAGAAGCUCAGGGUGGAUCCCUUUAAGACUGGUUUCCAUCAUCGAAACCAACCACAGACGAUAGAUCUGAAUGCUGUGCGGCUGUGCUUCCAAGUAUUCUUGCCAGAUGAAGCAACGGGCAAGAUUCGACACUCGCUACAGCCGGUGGUAUCUGACGUGAUCUUUGACAAGAAGGCCAUGAGUGACCUGGUCAUCAUGCGUCUUAGUCACUGUUCCGCGCCGCCACAAGGAGGCAUGGAGAUGUUCUUGCUUUGUGAGAAGGUUGUUCGUGAGGACAUAGCAGUGGUGUUUUACCAAAAGGAAGGUGAAAUGGUAGUAUGGGAGGAAACUGCCAACAUUCAACUUGUACACAAGCAGUACGCUAUUGCCUUCCAUGUUCCGCCUUACCAUAAACCAAACAACCCACAUCAUGUACAGGUAUAUAUCCAGCUGAAGCGGAUAUCGGACAACGCCCGAAGUAACCCCGUGCCUUUCGAAUAUAUAGCUGAUUUCCAAGGUACCCUGUCUGCCGCUCGCAAGCCUCUCCCAGACCUCACCGCUCUUGCCGCCCUUCUCAAGCCGGACGGCAAUAAUAACACUAACACACCCACAAACGACACAGACAUACUCGAAGCAGACACACACACGCUCGUCACCUCUUCCUCUGACAACUCAGAUGAGAUCGAACUCGUCGAUAGCGUCGAAAGCAAUGACGCUGUUGACGGUGAUGUUAUUGAAUGCGAGAUAAUUGACGAACCUCACACUAACGGAGUUCUUGAUAAUGAAAAGAGUCUAAACGACCUCCUCGAACAGGUCGCUGAAUUAGAUGAGAUAUAUUCCGAAAACAGAACGCGACUAGAGAACAUUACUAUUAUUAAUGAUACGGAAGAUGUUGACGAUUUUAACGACGCCGGAACGUACACAAGCCUACAGUUAGCGUUUAAAAAUCCAGUUUCUAUCACUGAACCCGAACCGUAUGAGGAUGUCCAAGUUCAAACGUACCGCGGUCCGAUUAUAGAAUUUACUCCCCUCAAAGGUGGCGACGAUGAUGAAAGAGCUCCACCGCUACCACCCAAACGGGUCCGUAAAAAUUCAGACGCGUUCAGAACUAGUCAAACGUCCGUCAAUAGCAUAUUGAAACCGGGUAGAAAGCUGCCGGUCACCCGAAAUCGCGACAUCUUAGCACCGCGUAGUGAAUUAACCCUUGCAAAAAGCGAGCCCGCGUUGCCGCCCGCGCCUAAAAAACGUUCGUUCUUCUCGCGCUUGUUCCGACGAAAGGAGAAAUCUCCCGCCCCGAGCAUUAAAUCUGAAGGGCAGAAAGAUGUUAAUACUAAACCCAUAGGCCGAUCCGUCAGUAGCGUAUCCGGUAUUCGUCCGUCGAAAUUUAAAUCGGCAAUUUCGCACACAUCCCUCAAAGAUAACGCGUCUGCGGCCGGCUUGAGUUACGCCGAUAGCGUGACGCACAUAUCACUACACGAAGAUAUGGACGAAAAGUCGUCCCAAAGAUCCUUAAAACGGCCUGCCAGUCUGGCUCCCCUUCCUCCCACUGAUGGCGGUACAAUUCUUGUCGCAGAAAGCGUUUUAGCUUUAGAUGCGUCUGCGUUUAAAAAGUUGCAGGACGACCUCGAUCUAACUGAGGCUGAGCACUACGCUCUUUAUAUGGCAGUGGCGCCGCACGCCACAGCGUCUGAAUUCGAUGAAACUAGUUGCUAUUACUCCCCUGUAGAUGGCAGCAAAUUUCAUAACCAAUAG